AUGCGGAUGCUGACGAGAGCCGGAUACUCGAGAGCUGACCAAUUCUACGCAUCUUAUCCUGCUGGCACUGAGCUUCUCACUGAUCAAGCAAAGUUAUAUAAAGCUGCACUUGGGAACUGCUUUGAACUAGAGGAGUGGGGACCAAUCGAAUGGAGCAUUUUGGCUAAACAUUUCGAACGCCAAGGAAAAUCACCAUAUGCUUAUCACGGACAAUAUAUGGCUCAUCUGGCCUCUCAGGGGCUACUGGAUGGAAGUGGUUCUGAGCAGCAACUGAGUUGAUACAUAUAUAUAUAUAUAUAUAUAUAUAUAUAUAUCGUCUUUUGAUUCCAUAGUUUCGACUGUGUUUACUACAAGUGUACUAUUUUUGUUGACGUUAGAUUUGUUUCGUUUUCACCAUAAGAAUGGUGGUGUUCUUGAAUCUUCCAGGAUUUUAAGUACGGGAGGGCCGGAUGCAUUAAACAAAUUCUAGAGGGGGCCGUUAAUAUUAUUAUACGCUAUUUUUUUAUACUUCUAUAUAAAAUAACACGGAUUUGAGAAAUGUUGAGGGGGAUCAUGCCCCCCGACAC